UGUUGUGUAACCGCGUUGUAGUCGCUGUGCGGCACGGCCACACCGUGCACGGGGGUCUGUUUUGAACAUCGCGCGGUUGUCAUUGUGUCGUUACGCGUGUACCGCGAAAACAUGCGACUUUGACAACAACAAACAAUUAUUUAUUUUUACAACACAUUAUUAUAUAAUAUUUUAUUUUAUUAUCAUAAUAAUUAUUAUAUUUCACGCACACCAUUUCAUCGUUUACGCGGUACACAAUCACUGCCGGCCAGUCACGUUUUCGCCCGGACAACUCGCGUGCAAAAUUAACUCGCGAUUUUUUCGAAUUAAUAACAAUAACACCGUUUGUUGUCGGUACGCGCGGGAACUGUGCUGGCGUUUCUGGUGGUCCGUUAUGCGAAUGUAUCGCCACCGCCGCCGAUUGCAGCUAAUAAUACGUUUACGCAACACGUUCGCUUGGCGUCGGACAGUUAGCUAACGACUAUGGUUGAACAAUUGUUACAAGAACGAUGUGGUCGCCAGUUAUCUUCUUGCGUGCGGAUGAACACCAGACUGGCUGGAGCAGAAUUCGAACUAAAUUGUGGAAAAAAACAGAGUUCCAGGAGAUCGAACGAACAGAGAGAAAGGGGUCAUGUGCCAGGAAUGUUCGACAGAGAGAAUGUCGACUUAGAUUUAGAUCUCAAGUAUCAUCUUCAGACUUGUACAUGUUCUUGCAACCACAUGGGCUUUGGCAAUUAUAUGGAUUAUUAUCAGACUGGAUAUCCUGACGCACAUCAAACGUCCAGGCCAUCAACUUCCGGAAACGUCAGAAGAGAAGGAUUAUGUAACGGACAGGUUCACAGCAGCAGAGAGUAUGAAUCUCCUGAAAGUUCAGUGGCGUCGGAUAGAGACCGGCAAAGAACUGUAUAUGAAAUACAAGUUCGACCGUGUGCUGGCAUUGUAUUGGUAAUAAUUGGCUUUGUCGUGUUGCUCAUAUGGAUUGCUUUGCCAAGCUCGUCCGAACCACCUGGUAGUUUUUCAUCUCAUCGGGAAGAAACUUUUGAAGUAGUCCGGCGAAUUCUUGAAGAAGUUCCAUUAAUAGACGGGCACAACGAUCUGCCGUGGAAUAUUCGUAAGUUCGUACACAAUCAGCUGAUGUAUUUCAAUUUCUCUGCGGAUUUGACGACCGUGGAACCUUGGUCGAAGAGUAAUUGGUCGCAAACCGAUUUACCGCGGCUCAGAAAGGGCAUGGUUGGCGCUCAAUUUUGGUCAGCCUAUGUACCCUGUGGCAGAAAGCACCUGGAUGCUGUCCAAACUACAAUGGAACAAAUCGACGUCAUUAGGAGGUUGGCCGAAACCUAUUCCAGUGAUUUACAGCUUGUAACAUCGGUAAAAGGAAUACGAGAGGCACACAAAGUCAGAAAAAUUGCUAGUCUAAUUGGCGUCGAGGGUGGUCAUUCGCUGGGAAAUUCACUAGCAGUGCUCAGGAUUUUCCACAGCCUUGGCGCCCGAUAUUUAACCCUAACGCAUACUUGCGAUACAUUAUGGGCUGGCUGUUGUUCCGGCUUAGACUCGCCAGAGAAUGAACAUCAAGGGUUAUCUCCAUUUGGUUUGCUAGUUCUCAGAGAAUUGAAUAGACUUGGAAUGAUGGUUGACCUUAGUCACACGUCUGUCAAAACAAUGGAAGACGCACUUAACUAUACUUUAGCACCUGUAAUCUUCUCACAUUCGUGUGCAUAUUCAUUAUGCACUUCAUUGAGAAAUGUUCCUGAUCACGUGCUCAAACUAGUGGCCUUAAACGACGGUAUAGUUAUGGUGAGCUUCUAUUCCUAUUUUAUAAGCUGUAAUUCUACAUCAACUUUGGAUCAAGUUAUUGCUCACAUCAAUCACAUUAAAAACGUAGCUGGAGAGGACCAUGUCGGCCUAGGUGCUGGUUACGACGGAAUUAACCACACUACGAAAGGACUUGAAGACGUAUCGCACUAUCCUCAGCUAUUAACGUCAUUAAUGAGUAACCAUUCGUGGACUGAGGAUCAAAUAAAGAAGCUUGCAGGCAACAAUUUACUGAGAGUCUUUUCUAAAGUAGAGAAGGUCAGGGAUGAGUGGAAAGAAGAUGGAAUGAAACCAGUUGAGGACAUUUUGGUGCCAUUGAACAAAGAACCUUUGUUACCCAAUUGCACAGACGGAUAUAACAUGACUUGAUGUUUUUAAAUAUAUUUAUUUUAGCAGUAGUAUACCUACGGUAAAAACUGAACAUUUUCCAUCGGAUAAACGGAAUCCAGAGCGCAGUGGUGUCUAGAGCCCCCAAUUAUAAUAUUAUAGUUGGGAAUUGUUUAGUUUCAUUUGUACGCAUUUCUACAUUGACACUAAAAAUUAAUAACAACAUAGUUACUCCCAAACUUACAUUUUUGUCAAACACGUGGAACCAUAUAAAUCAAAACGGAUUUCACAAUUGUAAUAAAAUGUAUCUCGGUAGGUAGUUAAUAAAUGAAACGUAUACGUAUUCUCCCGUAUUUUGUAUGAAAUAUUACAUGACUAAUGUUGUAGGUGUCCAGGGACAAUUUUUAAAACCAGCUGUUAAUUUUGAAAGUUCGUGGAAACGUCAAGCAAUUUUUCAUCUUAUCUCCUAUGUAUACGUGUUCCUAAGUUAAAAGUUUAUAAAAGGUUAGAGAAAAAUGUCAUUACAACUUACAAAGCCCGUGCACACGCUAUAGAAUCAUUAUUACAUUGCCACAAUGCCACAUACUAUGUUGAAUAACAAUUAUUAAUUUAUCGACUUAUUCAACGCUCUGUAGACCAGACAACUUAGUUGAAUUUGUAAAAUAUUUUAUUUAGACUCAAUAAUAUAAAUUAAUGUUAUUGAGGCAAUCAUUGAAGUUAGUGUUACACCAUGUCAGUAUCAUUGUUGAAAUUAAUUUUUUAUUUAUAUAAUUAUAUACAUAUAUUAUAUAUUAUUAUGUUAAUUACAAUUAAGUUGUUUUAAAAAGUGUUCAUUAGAGUUUAAAGUAAGUUAAACAAUAUUAAUAAUAACUUAGAUAAUAUUUUGAGUUUAAUAUUAUAUUAGGUAUUAAAUUUAAAUAAAU